GGAAACAGCAGGCUGGGGCAGCCACUGCUUACACUGAAGAGGAAGGACAGGAGAGGAUUGUGUGUGUGUGUGUGUGUGUGUGUGUGUGUGUGUGUGUGUGUGUGUGUGUGUGUGUGUGUUUUAAAUUUCUUUUUGGUGGUGUUGGGUGUGGGAGGUGCAUGCAGGUCAGCCCUUGAACUCGCUGGACAGAGCUACAGACCCAUGGGGCCUGGCAGUGCCCACUGAGAGAGGGAGAAGACAGCAGAGGGGUUGCCAAGGCACCCUCCAAAUUCCAGAUCAUGUCUCUGUGGGGUCUGGUCUCCAAGAUGCCCCCAGAAAAGCUACAGCGGCUCUAUGUAGACUUUCCUCAACACCUGCGGCACCUCCUGGGUGACUGGCUAGAAAACCAGCCCUGGGAGUUCCUGGUGGGCUCAGAUGCCUUCUGCUGCAACAUGGCUAGUGCCCUACUUUCAGCCACUGUCCAGCGCCUUCAGACCUCAGUGGGAGAGCAGGGGGAGGGGAGCUCCAUCUUGCAACACAUCAGCACUCUGGAGAGCAUAUAUCAGAGGGACCCCCUGAAGCUGGUGGCCACUUUCAGACAAAUACUUCAAGGGGAAAAAAAAGCUGUUAUGGAACAGUUCCACCACCUGCCAAUGCCUUUCCACUGGAAGCAGGAAGAACUCAAGUUUAACACAGCCCUGCGGAGGCUGCAGCACCGAGUGGGGGAGAUCCGCCUUCUCCGAGAAGCCCUGCAGCAGGGGGCUAAGGCUGGCCAAGUGUCUCUGCACAGCUUGAUAGAAAAUCCUGCCAAUGGGACUGGGCCAAGUGAGGCAUUGGCCACACUGCUGCAAGAGACCGUUGGGGAGCUGGAGGCAGCCCAGGCCCUGGUGCUGAAGAGGAUCCAGAUUUGGAAACGGCAGCAGCAGCUGGCAGGGAAUGGUGCACCCUUUGAGGAGAGCCUGGCGCCACUACAGGAGAGGUGUGAAAGCCUGGUGGACAUUUAUUCCCAGCUACAGCAGGAGGUAGGGGCAGCUGGUGGGAACUUUGAGCCCAAGACCCAGGCAUCGCUGAUUAGUCAGCUGGAUGAAGUCCUGCAAACCCUUGUCACCAGCUCUUUUGUGGUGGAGAAGCAGCCCCCCCAGGUUCUGAAGACUCAGACCAAGUUCCAGGCCGGGGUUCGAUUCCUGCUGGGCCUGCAGUUCCUGGGAUCCCCAGCUAAGCCUCCGCUGGUCAGGGCUGACAUGGUGACUGAGAAGCAGGCGAGAGAGCUGAGCAUGCCCCAGGGGCCCGGGGCUGGCACAGAAAGCACUGGAGAAAUCAUCAACAACACUGUGCCCCUGGAGAACAGCAUUCCUGGGAACUGCUGCUCUGCCCUGUUCAAGAACCUGCUUCUGAAGAAAAUCAAGCGGUGUGAGCGGAAGGGCACCGAGUCUGUUACCGAGGAGAAGUGUGCUGUGCUCUUUUCCACCAGCUUCACGCUUGGCCCCAACAAACUCCCCAUUCAGCUGCAGGCCCUGUCUCUGCCCCUGGUGGUCAUCGUCCAUGGCAACCAAGACAACAAUGCCAAAGCCACCAUCCUGUGGGACAAUGCCUUCUCUGAGAUGGACCGUGUGCCCUUUGUAGUGGCUGAGCGAGUGCCCUGGGAGAAGAUGUGUGAAACUCUGAACCUCAAGUUCAUGGCUGAGGUGGGGACCAACAGGGGGCUGCUCCCAGAGCACUUCUUCUUCCUGGCCCAGAAGAUCUUCAAUGACAACAGCCCCAGCAUAGAGGCCUUUCAGCACCGUUCUGUGUCCUGGUCACAGUUCAACAAGGAGAUCCUGCUGGGCCGUGGCUUCACCUUUUGGCAGUGGUUCGAUGGUGUCCUGGACCUCACCAAACGCUGUCUCCGGAGCUACUGGUCAGACCGGCUGAUCAUCGGCUUCAUCAGCAAACAGUAUGUCACUAACCUUCUUCUCAACGAGCCUGAUGGGACCUUCCUCCUUCGCUUCAGUGACUCAGAGAUUGGGGGCAUCACCAUUGCCCAUGUGAUCCGGGGCCAGGAUGGCUCCCCGCAGAUAGAGAACAUCCAGCCAUUCUCUGCCAAAGACCUGUCCAUUCGCUCGCUGGGGGACCGAAUCCGGGAUCUUGCUCAGCUCAAAAACCUCUACCCCAAGAAACCCAAGGAUGAAGCUUUUAGGAGCCACUACAAGCCUGAACAGAUGGGUAAGGAUGGCAGGGGUUAUGUCCCAGCUACCAUCAAGAUGACUGUGGAAAGGGACCAGCCACUUCCCACCCCAGAACCCCAGAUGCUUACCAUUGUGCCCUCUUAUGAUCUUGGAAUGGCCUCUGAUUCCUCCAGGAGCAUGCAGCUUGGCCCAGAUAUGGUGCCCCAGGGGUACCCACCACAUUCUCACUCCAUCUCCUCAUAUCAAGGCCUCCCCCAGGAAGAACUGGUCAAUGUGUUGCCACCCUUCCAGGAGCCUCACCUGCAGAUGCCCCCCAGCCUAAGUCAGAUGAGCCUAUCCUUUGACCAGCCUCACCCCCAGGGCCUGCUACAGUGCCAGCCUCAGGAGCAUGCCGUGUCCAGCCCUGAGCCCUUGCUCUGCUCAGAUGUGACCAUGGCAGAAGACAGCUGCCUGAGCCAGCCGGUAGGAGGGUUCCCUCAGGGCACCUGGGUCGGUGAAGACAUGUUCCCUCCUCUGCUGCCUCCCACUGAACAGGACCUCACCAAGCUUCUCCUGGAGGGCCAAGGGGAGUCAGGGGGAGGAUCCUUAGGAGCCCAGACCCUCCUACAGCCCUCCCCCUAUGGGCAGUCUGGGCUCUCAACGUCCCAUCUGGACCUAAGGGCCAACCCCAGUUGGUGAUUGCAGCUGCAGGGGGAGCCCGGAGAGACAGUUCCUCUACUACCCCCAUGGACCUGCUCUGGACACCACCUCAUGCUCCUGCCAAGCAGCAGAUGCAAAGGGUGCCCUCCCAUCGCCACCUACUCCAGGAGGAAAAGACUGCCAGGAGAAUGCAUGGUGGGUGGGGCCAAUCCACACCUUCCUUCCUACCACAUACCCCUGCUCACCCCCUUCCAGCACUGGAAGGGAAGUUCAAGCUCCAAAGUGAGACAUGCCCCAACCCCCCUGUGCCUGAAGAACACACACACACAGCUCUCUGUGGAAGAUGGGGCUGAGCAGGAGGGAGUUGGGUGAGAACACAGGUUAGGGAAUGGAGGGUUUCUCUGUCCACUCCAAGCCAGGGCCCAAGAUGCACCUGUAGACAUUCACACUAGAGGCUGCGGAUAGAGGGCAUGGACUUGGAUCCCAGCCCUGGGGGACUAGGAAAAUAGUUCAGGGGAACCAGCAUAGGAGGAGAGGAGGGAUCUGAAUAUGUGGUUACUGAUAUGGUUUCAGCCCAGAUUUUUUAAAAAUCCCAUAAAGCCCCAAAUUCCUGUCAGAGAGGCUUUUGGUAUGUGUACAAGAUUGUGCAGAACAAGGGCUGAGUUUCUCCAUGUAUAGCUGUGUGAAAGCGUGUAUCGAGACACGUUAAUGUAUAGAUGUCACGUUAGUUGUAUGACCACAUAUAAUGUGUCUGCUUUUGCCUGUGUGACAACACGAACUUGAAAGCGUGAGACACUGCACAAGACAUCAGUGACUGUGUUGGCCUGACAUAUGCUACUCAAAUGUACUCUGUUUUGAGUAUGACUGUGCCCAGGUUGGCCUAUGUGGCUGUGACAUCUGCAUAUGGCUGUAGCUUCAGUAGCUCCACACCCUCAAUGCCACCAGGAACCACGGAGUGAGAGCGUAGUGUCCAGGCCCAGCCGUGUGGCUCUCUAGUGUACUAAUGGGCCUGGCCUGCUGCUUCUCUUCUAUUCCCCAUUCACCACCAGCUUCCCUUCACACCCCCAUCCCAUGCCACCCUUUCUCCCUCUGGGGUGGUCAUAGAUGCUAAGCCAUAAAAUAAACUUUAUUCCAAAAUAACAAAAUAAAUAAUCUAC